CUUCGCAACAGCUGAAUGUGCUUGCAAACAACUUGUAUGAGAAUUAACUAAAUAUGUUGAAAUCUUGGUGACUAUAAUGUAAAUUUGUUUUCUGGGUGCUUUAAAAAAUGAAAAUUUUUUCUUAUUCAUGUCAUCUUGUACGGUGUUUUUUAUUAAACACAGAAAAUUGUCCUUUAUUUUAUCAAUUAGAAGUAACCGAAAAACUUAGCUGUAUUAUAAAAAAAGUUAUGUUCACUAGUUAUUAAUCAUGUAUAGUUUUGAAGGAGAGUUCAGGAGACGACCUCAGCAGUCAUUAGGAGGUGCUAGUCGAAAAGUUGCUCGGGAGGAAUUGCUCCAUAAAGCACAAAUAGAGAGGCUGCAGAGAGAAGAAAAAAGACGAAUUAUUCAGUCUGCUACCAUUAUUCAAGCUUUCGUAAGAGGAUGUCUUACGAGGCAAGAAGAAAAAAGAAAACUAAGGCUUGAGUUUGAUCAAUUAGUUAAAAACAGUGAUGCAAAUUCUUUAAAUUCAGAUGUUUUCUAUGACCAAGUUGGAAGACUGUUAUAUUUUUAUGAUGAAAAUCAAGAUAGCUCUCGACUAACGUAUGUAACUCAAAUGUUUCUUAAAGAUUCUGUGAGUGUCACUAGAUUAUUUUUCAUGAGGCCUGACUGUUGGCUUUACAAAUUUCAAAAACUGCUUUGGCUUAAUGUGAAAUACUUAAAAAAUUGUGUCACUCCAAAUUCUAAUAUUUCUUUGUCUUUGAGGUUUGUUGAAGUGUUCACAUCAUAUAAAUUGUACGAUAGUUUGCAAGAAAAAUGUGCAAUACCAGCUGAAGCUAAUAAAAAUGAUGGAGACAUAAAUUUUUCAUUAAGAGUGUUAGAAAAGAUUUGGGAUUUUCUUAUUAAGAGAGGUUAUUAUGCAAUAUUACGUUUGGUAUUGGAUAACCGUGUUCCUGAUUCGCUAUUGAUUUCAACUCGACCUCCGACACCCUUAGCUGCUUCCUUGCAGGAUCUUUUCUCUCGAGCGCUUACAUUAAAAAGUGAAAAGAAACCUCAUUUCUUACAGACAUUGCUCCAAGAUGUUUUUACUGAAGAUUUAUCACCUCAAAUAAGUUGCUUUCUUUUACCAGCUCUUGCAUCUCAACCAAAUGUGAUUACAGUAGAUGCAAUUCUAACAGCAAUUUACCCAGAUAACUUGGCUUUUAAUUUCCGAACAACAUCGAGUUUGUUAUAUACGUUUAUUUAUAUAAUAUCCAAACAGGCACGUUUUCUUACGGAACAGCAAUGUGCUGAAUAUCUGAUUUGUCUUCAGUUUCUGUUGCAGUCUGUUCCUAUUUGGAAAGAACAAUCGAUAGACAGUGAAUAUGGAUCAGAUGACGGGGAAAUGAUUGUUGAAAAUGAAGAAAAUAAACUUCAGACUCAUGAAGAAAUUAUUAACAUGGUAAAUGAAAUAGACCAUGUAAAUAUGAUUGUAGGACUAUUAGAAAAUGAAAAAGCUUUUAACCAGUGUGUUGUCUCUGUAUGUUGUUUAUGUAACUUACUCUUAAAUCAGCAGAAAUUAGCUAUACACAAUUAUCGCUUGUUAUAUACUCUUGCAUUUAAACCACCUUUUUUCAGAAUGUUGUGGAAAUCUAUAGUAAGUGCAAGUGUUCCUUCUUCGUUUGGGACUACAACACCUUUAUUGCAAAUUAUAAAUCAGGGUAUGUCAUUCAAUUCUAGUGACCAAGAGAUGUUUCUACCGCAGCUUAUUGUCUUUUGUGCACUAUUAAAUCAUUUAUUAUCAACAUUGCACGAUUUUGAAUUUUAUGAACAAAAUACUGAAGGUAGUAGCAAUAUCAAAAUGAUGCCGUUUUCACUUGCAGAACUGGCAUCCAUAAGUGCUACCCUGAAAGAUGUCUGCAUGGGUCUUAUUGAAUUAGCAUAUCCUGACAAAAAGUCUGCCUUUAAUCGAGAUUAUGUAAAAGCUAUGAAAAGUGUUGGUUCAAAAAACUUAGAUAAGAAUGUGAAUGUAUUUGAAGUGAGACAGUGGAAUCAGCUGUUCAAAGUUGUUGUUACACUUUUGCGUCAGUUGUAUUCACGUGAUUGCAGACGUAAAUUUUGCCCUGAAGGUACGUGGAUUGCCAAGCAAUUUCCAGUUUUCUUUGAAAGAGCUGCCGAAAUGUAUUUUACUAAUAGAAGGGGACAUGGCUAUGAACCUUUUGUGGGGCUGCAGAAUUUAACAAGAGAACAGCUUGAAGAAGAAGGCCCUCCGCCAUCAGCAGUGGAAGCUCGUCAACUUGCUAUUUUACGAGAAUUUCCCUUUGCAAUUCGUUUUCACGAUAGAUUCAAAAUCUUUCAGUCACUAAUAUUAAAAGAUAAGAAUGAAAAUCAAGGUGAUUUACUAAGUUUUCAAAUGGGACCACAGAUUAGAAUAACAAUAAGGAGAAAUUUUAUAUAUGAAGAUGCAUUUACUUCUUUGUCUUUUCAGAGUGAACCAAAUAUUAAAAUGCGUAUAUUAGUACAGUUGGUGAAUGCUGUUGGAUUGGAUGAAGUCGGAAUAGAUGGGGGUGGAAUAUUCAGAGAAUUUUUACAUGAGCUGCUGAAAACUUGCUUCGAUCCAAACCGUGGUUUCUUCAAGACUACCCAUGAUUGUCUGUUGUAUCCCAAUCCUAAUGUUCAGCGUGUGAUGCCGGAUUUUGCGAGACACUAUUUCUUUAUUGGACGUAUGUUAGGCAAAGCGAUAUAUGAAAAUAUGUUGGUUGAACUUCCUCUUGCUGCAUUUUUCUUGGCAAAAAUUUUGUCCAGGCAGACAUCUGAUGUAGAUAUACAUCAUUUGGCAUCACUAGAUCCUGUCAUGUAUCGGAAUUUGUUAUACCUAAAGACAUAUGAUGGAGAUGUAGCAGAUUUGGGAUUGGAUUUUACGGUGAUGAAUAGUGAGUUUGGUGAAAACGAAGUUGUAGAAUUAAAGCCAGGUGGUACAAAUAUACCUGUUACCGAAAGUAACAGAAUAAAUUACAUUCAUUUAAUGGCAGAUUUUAAAUUGAAUCGGCAAAUCAAAGCUCAGUGUCAAGCAUUUAAAGAGGGUCUUGCUAAUGUUAUUGACAUGGAAUGGUUGUAUAUGUUUGAUCCUAAUGAACUUCAAAUUUUAAUAUCAGGGGCUCAAACUCCCAUUGAUAUUGAAGAUUUAAAAGCUCAUACUUCAUAUGCAGGUGGUUAUUCUGCUGACCAUCCUGUAAUUUGUGCCUUUUGGAGAGUAGUGGAAGCUUUUGACGAACGGCAACGACGGCAUUUGUUAAAAUUUGUCACCAGUUGCUCACGUGCACCUCUUCUUGGAUUUAAAGAAUUAUCACCAGCAUUUUGUAUCCAAAAUGCUGGAAGAGAAGACCGCCUGCCCACAGCAUCCACUUGUAUGAAUCUUUUAAAAUUACCCGAGUUUGAAUCUGAAGAAAUAUUAAAGAUGAAAUUGACUUACGCUGUUGAAUCAGGAGCAGGAUUCGAAUUGAGUUGAUAUGCUUUUAGUAGUGAACAUUCAGAUAUUAUUUUGUACUUUUGUAAGAAAAUAUAAUAUAGAUUUAUUUAUUGCAAAAUUUUUUAGGAUUCUUUGCUCAUGUUUCAAUAGUUAUAAUUGCAAAAGCUGAGAUUUGUUGCGUUUUCAUCAUUUUUUCUUUAUGUUAAUGUAAAAAUGAAAACUUUUUAAUAUUUAUAAAUGAAAUUUUUGAUAGUUUUUAAAGUAAUAGGUUAAAAGUUUGACUAAUUAUGGUGAUUACUUUAUAUGGAUAGUUUUUCUUUCAGUGUCAUGAAGUUUUAUAUUGCAUGAUGUGAUAAAAUUAUUCAUAUAGUUCUACAUUUAUUGCAAAAUUUUAAAAAUUAUUUGUGCAGUGGUGUAUUUAUUGCAAAAUUCUUAAAUUUUCAGCAAAUAUAUUUCAAAAGAUUCCGAUUCACAUUUUUUGUUGCUUAAUUACCUCUGCACGAAUGUAUGUAAAUAAAAGGCAAGUGUAAUAAUAUGAGUAUUUGUUUUCAACUUUUUUUUUUCAGUUUCUUGCGACAGUUGUUUUAGAGUUUCAAUUCUGCCUUCCUUCCCUGUUUUUAUGCCUUUUCUGUAUAGCUUAAAUUUGUUUAUAUAUCAUAAAAUUUUAUUUAACAUGAA